UAAAUAAUGAUAAUUGUAAAAAAAAGUUCAUUUUGUACCGAAAAUAAAGAAAAUUCAAACUUGAAAACUGUUAGGAUAAAAAUUUUUUAUUUAAAUCGCGCGCCGACUUCUCAUUAAUAAUUUGUUUUAUUGGACUGAUAUUAAUAUCCCUGAUAAUAAAUUUUAUUUGAAAUUGAUAAGAGACUUAAAUUAUUCCUGGAAAUUUUAAUUGGUAAUCUUUAAAAUUUAAAUUUGCCGCUUAGCUGAAUUCUAAUUCUGUCAUGUGACAGCUGUCAAAUAUUUACUUUUUGAAUGAAAUAAUAAAAUAAUUGUUUAAUUUUAUCUGGUAAUAAUUAUGAUAAUUAUGAAGUAAAAUGUACUUUUAAAAAUACUGUCAUAUAUUUUACAAACCAUAUGAUCUCAAAUAAAUAUGUAACGUUUACAUAACCUCAAUCUAGAUGUAAAAUUUUUUAAAACUGCAAUAAAUAGAAUUAAUAUCUCGUAAUUUGCAAUAAAAUAUAUUUUAUUUAUUUUUAAAAUAAUAUAAGUGAUAAAAAAUGAGUUUUGAAUCGAAGAAAAUAAUCGGCACGUGUUUUUCAAUGUGUUCAGAAAAAGAACGAUGUCUAAGAGAACGAGAAGGUUUGUUAAGUAUUUUAGAGAUCGAUGAAAAAACUAAAAAUCAAAAACACAAAAAAGCUGAUCCCGCCAAAACAAUAAAAUGUUUCCAAAGAUCCAGCGCAGGGAAGUCGUUCGCGGAUGACCCCAGUGAGUUGAGACCAGGACCAGUACUCAUGCUCACUGUCAGAUAUUUACUUAACAAAGUUUCACUCCGAAAAGACGUAGACUGGAGCUUAAUUUACGAAUUUACAUUCGACAGGAUCCGGGCAAUCAGACAAGACAUGAUCAUACAGAGACUAGAUGCAAUAACGAGUAUUAAAAUUUUGGAACCAAUAGUGAAGUUUCAUAUUUAUGCUGCUGAAAGAAUGCGGGAGAGACCUUUGAAGGAUUACGUCCCCAAAUUCAAUGAUCAGCAUUUACUGGAAUGCAUCAAACAACUACUCGUCCUGUAUGACGAAGUCAAUUAUGCCAGCGCUGAUGUUCACGAGGAAAAGAAACCGACGGAAUUUGAAAAAAGUGAACAAUUCACCAACCGAUGCACCAUUGAAGCUGUGUACCUCCUGCUCUACCUGGGCGACCCAUCGGCUCUAUCACGCGGACUGUCUCUCCCCAGCACAUACAGGAACUCACCGGUUGUUCAACAAGCACUGGAAAUAUCUCUUGGGUGGUACUUGAAAAAUUAUGUACGAGUGUGUCGUAAAGUCUCUCAGCUGCCUUCUCUACUUGCUAUGGCCGUUUUAAACAACAUCAGAUCCAUCAGGAGGGACGCUCUGGAAAUAAUGAGCGCGGGAUACCAAAGCAAAAUCUUGACGUUUCCUGGUGAUAAAUUAAAAGAAAUUUUACUUUACAAUGAUAUGAAAAAAGUAUCAGCAGAUUGCAAGUUACUGGGUGUAGACUUUGUUGAAAAUAAUCUUCAUUUUAAACAUAGAUUGAAUACUGAUUCAUUGACGAAUCCAGAGAAGACAUUCAGUGAUACUCAGCUUGAUAAACUUUUACCGUACAUAUUUUUUUAAAAUAUACUGUAGGUUAAUUAUUAAAAUAA